CAGAGCUGGCGCGGCAAGAGUUUUCCCUAAAAAAAAUGUCUGACUAUAGCUGGUUAUAAUUAUACAGGAAGCGUUUGUGAAAUAUUAGAUGCGUUUAGUGUUAGAGCUACCUACAAAAGUGAUUAAUUAUUCAAAAACCGGGAGUUCACAGAACUCCCUUUGUUACUUACCUCUUGUCCUUUUACUCCAGUCGAUAUGAGAGAGCUCAAGUGGCUGUUAAAUUUAGCGCAUUUUAAAUAAAACGGCAACUAGCCUUCGGUCUAUAUGAAAGCGUUAAGAAGUUGCGCAUUUAAAGUAACUCCCGAGAAAGCUAUUGAGUUUACAAAGUUAUCGGUGAUUCUUACCUUCACAUGGCCGCCGAAGAAUAAUCAGUUUUGGUUCAGAGUAUUGAUGUGCACUAGCACUUCAUUGUCGCUUUUACUUAUUUGGCCGCUAGUGCUUUCGAUAAUCGAACACCGUAAUAAUUUGUUAAUUGUUAUUAAGUCUGUGAUUGUAAUUGGCGGUAUUUUAAAUUAUGUUGGAAAAGUAAUUGUUGUUAGAAUUUAUCAAAAUGAAUUACAGUAUCUAAACUCGUCAUUGGAAGAAUUUGUAGCGAAUGCAAAUGCCAAGGAAAGAAAAACUUUGCAAAAGUACGUCAACAAGUGCUGGAAAUUCCAGUUUUUCUUGACGUGUUUUUUUUUCGUGAUGGUAACAGCAAUUGCAGCCGGCCCGGCGUUGCUGCCCCAAAAGUUUCCCACCGACGCAAUUUACCCCUUUUCGGUGGAACACCCAAUUGUUGCGGGGAUCGUUUAUUUGCACCAAUGCCUGAUUGGUUACCAAUGCUUCUGUGCGAUGGUUCUCGAUUGUCAGGCAGCGCUUUUUAUCUGGUUCAUCAGCGUUAAAUUUGACUUGCUUAUAGCUGAAACCAAAACUGUCGUUACUCGUCGCCAAUUUCGUCGCUACAUUCAAAAGUACCAAAAUUUGUUGAGAUACGCGGAAGUAAUGAUUGCUCCGACCAGAAUAUUGGCACUUUCUACAGUUCUUGCUACCAAGCAGGGAAUAAUUAUAAGUGGGAUAUUUUUGAUCUCAAAUGCACCAACGGCUGUAAAAAUUCAAUUUGGAUUAAUGGCGCUGAGUAUGAUAAUAAAUAUCUACGUUUGCAUCUGGCCGGCUGAUUAUUUGCUAACUAUUUCCAGCAAAAGUUUGUCUGACGAGAUAUUUGGUCUGACGUGGAAGCAUGACUCCAAAACAAGAGUGUUAUGGUCGAUAGUUCUUCAUCAAGCCCAAAAACCUGUCGCUAUAAAUAUUUCAGGCCUACUUAAUACUCUCUCCAAUGAAUAUUACUCAGCAGUGCGUCUUACAUUUAUUUUACACCAAAUAUUAAAUAUAAGGCUACAAUCGACGUUAAAAAAUUUCAUAGAAAAUGCGGACAAAUUUGAGAGAAAAAUAAUCCAAAAAAACGUCGACGAGUGCUGGAAAUUUCAACUAUUCGUAACAAUCGGUAGCUACUUUACGACAACUGGAUUUCUACUCGGACCGUUAAUCCUCCCGCAAAAAUUUCCAACAGAAGCAGUGUAUCCAUUUUCAACGGAAAAUAAACUAGUCGCGAUGAUUGUUUACUUACAACAGAGCAUUGGUGGGUAUCAAGCUGCAGCGGCGGUUGUUCUCGAUUGCCAGAUGGCGGUUUACCUCUGGUACUUGUGUGUAAGAUUCGAGGCCCUGAUUCUCCAGAUGGACCACGUCGAGGAUCAUCUUCAGCUAAGACAGUUUAUCAGAAACCACCAGUCUUUGUUGCUAUUCGUCGAUGAAACUAUUCCUUCGAUUCGGGCUGUCGUUUUCUCGACGGCCACCAUCAAUAAGUUCAUUAUUAUUUGUGCUGCGGUUGUUCUUAUAUCAGACGAAGGUUUGAUUGAAAAACUUCAGUGUGGAGUAAUAGUUAUCUUUACUGCCUUAAAUAUUUACACGUUUAUCAGGCCAGCGGACCGACUAAUUGAACUUACAAGCAACAGAAUGUCAAGCAAAGUAUUUAACUCAUUGUUGACAUUGAACCAAAAAAUGAGAAAAACGUGUCUUCUUAUCAUACAUAGGACGCAGUAUCCUGUGCUGAUCCGCAUUCCCGGUUUUCUAGAGACAGUCUCUAAUCAAUAUUACUCAUCAUUUCUUUCAGCGGCAUUCUCAUUUUUUACAGCAAUCAGAGCAGUUGUUUAUUCUUAG